AUGGCUGGUUGGGAUAUUUUUGGUUGGUUCAGAGAUGUGUUGGCUUCUCUUGGUCUAUGGAACAAGCAUGGUAAACUACUUUUCUUGGGUUUGGAUAAUGCCGGUAAGACCACAUUGCUUCACAUGCUAAAGAAUGAUAGAUUAGCAACUUUACAGCCAACAUGGCAUCCAACUUCUGAAGAAUUGGCAAUCGGUAACAUUAAGUUUACAACUUUCGAUUUGGGUGGCCACAUUCAAGCUCGUCGUUUAUGGAAGGACUAUUUCCCAGAAGUUAAUGGUAUUGUAUUUUUAGUCGAUGCUGCUGACCCUGAAAGAUUUGAUGAAGCACGUGUUGAAUUGGAUGCUCUAUUCAACAUUGCUGAAUUGAAGGACGUUCCUUUCGUAAUUCUUGGUAACAAGAUCGACGCUCCAAACGCUGUUUCUGAGGCUGAGCUGCGUUCUGCUUUAGGAUUAUUGAACACCACUGGUUCCCAAAGAAUUGAAGGCCAAAGACCAGUUGAAGUAUUCAUGUGUUCCGUUGUUAUGAGAAAUGGUUAUUUAGAGGCAUUCCAAUGGUUAUCUCAGUAUAUUUAA